AUGACUGUCCCAUAUGUAUUAACGUUCCAGAUACCAUCCGUGCACGAUGAUUGCCAACUAGAAUGUCGCCUUCGUCUGCCUGAUUCGCUAAGAAGCGCGGAGCAUCGGCAUCAUUCGUCCUUCACCAUUCGAGGUGCUAUCAUUGCGCAUCCGUACGCUCCUCUUGGUGGCUGCUAUGAUGAUCCCGUCGUGACGUUUUUGAGCAUGGAGCUGCUCCAAGCUGGAUGCAUCGUAGCAACGUUCAAUUUCCGGGGUGCAGGUGGCUCGGAAGGGCGUACGAGCUGGACAGGCAAACCCGAGCUGGGGGACUAUGUUGCAGUCUACGGGUUUAUGCUGAAUUAUCUCCAUCACCUGCGCACAGUAUUGUGCGUCGGCCCAAGGUCUGGGCCACGUGAAGCUGUCCACCUAAUUCUUGGUGGCUACUCGUUUGGAUCUCUCAUCGCUUCACAUGUGCCGGCUCUUGAUGUCAUGCUGGAUCUAUUCGGCACCAGGGGGACCGAGACUCCGCAAACCGCUAUCAAUAGGAUUGGUAAUGCCGCAAGGAGGAUCGCUGACGAAUGUCUACAAUAUCUCCUCCCCCCAGCCAAGGAAUAUCCGAUCGGCACAAAUGAUGGGACCGACCAAUCCCAACCUCAUGCGUCCACCCAGAUCUCAUAUCUGCUAGUGUCACCACUACUACCGCCUGUCAGUCAGCUUCUGACUGCUUUUACAGCGCUCACGGUAAACGUCGGGGGUCGAGCGUCUGCAAAAGUCCUGCCCGCCGGUCGGCCCACCGAUCGGCUCAGUGCACAUAGAACGCUGGCUCUCUUCGGAGAUCAGGACACCUUUACAUCUGCGCGAAAGCUCCGGCGAUGGGUCGAAGAAAUGAGUCGCAUCUCCCAGAGCAAAUUCCAACAUUGUGAAAUCGACGGCGCGGGGCACUUCUGGCGAGAGCCGGGGGUGGAGGCUUGCGCGCGACAUGCUCUCCAAGAAUGGCUUCAGUAG